GAGCCUGGCAGUGUGAAGGAUGGAGGCAGAGGAGAGCCCAGCGCAGCCCCCGAGCGAGGCGCCGGGGCCGGGCGGUGCCGGCUGGGACCUCACGGACAGCACCCGGCUGCAGCACUUCCUGUGCUUCGGCUCCGAGGGCAGCGCCUACCACGUCAAGGAGCACAAGCUGGGCUUUGAGAACGCUGAAGCUUUGCUAAGGCUCAUUGAAGAGGGCAGAGGCUGCGAAGUUGUGGAAGAAAUCAAAGCGUUUAGUCAAGAGGGCAGAGCGGCAAAACAGGAGCCCCUGCUCUUUGCCCUCGCCGUUUGCUCGCAGUGCUCUGAUGCCAAAACAAAACAAGCGGCGUUUAAAGCUGUCCCCGAGGUGUGUUGCGUACCAACCCAUCUCUUUACUUUCAUCCAGUUUAAAAAAGAUCUGAAGGAGGGCAUGAAAUGUGGCAUGUGGGGCCGUGCUCUGAGGAAAGCUGUUGCAGAUUGGUACAAUGGAAAGAAUGGCAUGGCUCUUGCUUUAGCAGUUACAAAAUAUAAGCAAAGAAGUGGUUGGUCUCAUAAAGAUCUUCUGAGGUUGUCCCACCUAAAACCUGCCAGUGAAGGAAUUGCUAUAGUCACUAAGUAUAUUACCAAGGGGUGGAAAGAUGUCCAAGAAGCUUAUAAAGAAAAAGCAGUUUCUGCUGAGACUGAAAAACUCUUGAAGUAUCUGGAAGCUGUGGAGAAAGUCAAACGCACAAAAGAUGAAUUGGAAGUUAUUCAUUUGAUAGAGGAGUAUGGUCUGGUUAGAGAGCACCUCCUGACAAACCAUCUGAAAUCUAAAGAGGUUUGGAAGGCAUUACUCAAGGAAAUGCCUAUUUCUGUGUUGUUGAGAAAUUUAGGAAAGCUGGCAGCAAAUUCAGUGCUUGAACCACGAGGUUCAGAAGUGGCAAUAGUAUGUGAAAAACUGAGAAAUGAGAAACUGCUAAAAAAGGGUAGAAUACAUCCCUUCCAUAUUUUGGUUGCAUUAGAAACCUAUAAAGCUGGACAUGGAAACAGAGGGAAGCUUUGGUGGCGUCCUGAUGAAGACAUUUUAGAAGCUUUAGAUGCCUCAUUUUACAAAGCUUUCAAGACAGUGGAACCAACAGGAAAGCGCAUUGUAAUUGCAGUUGAUGUUAGUGCAUCUAUGACACAAAAGGUUUUGGGCAGUGUGCUCAAUGCCAGCACAGUUGCAGCUGUAAUGUGUAUGGUUGCAGCACGGACUGAGAAGGAUUCCCAAAUUGUUGCCUUUUCACAUGACAUGGUCCCGUGUCCAGUGACGGCUGACAUGACCUUACCUCAAGUUUUAGUGAAAAUGUAUGAAAUUCCAGUGGGUACCACUGAUUGUUCUCUUCCAAUGAUAUGGGCUCAAAAAACUCAGACAGCUGCUGAUGUCUUCAUUGUAUUUACUGAUAACGAGACCUUUGCUGGGAAUACUCCUCCUGCAAUGGCCCUUAGAGAGUACAGAGAGAAAAUGGGUAUUCCUGCUAAGCUGGUGGUUUGUGGGAUGACCUCCCACGGUUUCACGAUCGCGGACCCGGACGACAGAGGCAUGCAUCUGCUUUUCCCAGUGGGUCCAUUGCUGGCAACAGACUUCACCCUGGGAACUCCCAGCCAAAUCUACUUUAUUAGCUCAUGGCAUAUUGUAUACAUAUCAGAAUGUUACCUUUUUGUGAAGGGAAAACGAGAAAAGCAGAUGAGGAAUCUCUUUUUUUGUUUUUCCUGUUGCACACAAUUUAGAAUAACAGUGAGAAGUUUGCUAAAAGUGGUUACAGGGUUACAUAGUAUAUAAUUUAAUUUCAUUUAUAGUAGACUAUAAAUAUGGAGAGAUUUUUAAUUUCCCCCAUUGCUGUGGAAUGCUUAUUUGCAAGAAUAAAUUCAUUAAUUACUUCUAGAAUGGAGCUGGAAACAAAUGGGCUUAGUAUUUUAAUAAUGGCAGUUUACCAGCAGCUUCAUUGAGAGAGAAUUUUCUUUGGGCUUUUUUAAAUCUUUGUAUUUUAAGUGUUAGUAACGUUCAAUGGUUUCCAUGGCUAUGGCUAAAAUCUACAAAAGAAGUUUUUUCUGGUAUGUAUUGAGACCAUGUGACUGUGAUACAGUGUAAAAGUUACCCAGGGACAUUUUAUACUGCUAAAACUGAAAGUGCAAGAGCUCAUGCUAAUCUUUUUCUCUCUGGAUUAUCAUCGGGGUUUUCAGGAGGAAAUAUCUCUUUAGGUAAAUUGAGGGGCAGUUUCUGCACAAUAUCACUUCAGAAGCACUAGUUUAGAAUUAAAAAUGCUUUACAGGAAGUUCUAAAAACUGUUUUUAGUAGAAAAAGACCUUGGAAAUGACUGGGAUGUCACAUUCAGUCCUUGUCACAACUUCAAGAAGCAUCAGCACACCUUCAGUGAGCAAGAUUAACAAGUGCAUGUGUCUUGGCCUGCUCAGCAAAGCUGAGUGGGAGCAACCAGAAACAAAAAGCUACUUUUUUUUUUUUUCAGAAGAAUGUAUUCAAUGACUCAGAAUCAAUCUUCCUAACAGGAGAGUAUUUCAUUUUUUAAGAUCUUUUUGUAGAUUAGUGUUACUUCUGAUUUCAUAAAUUAAUUCAAGCUAACAUAUUUCAAAACUACCUCCAGUUUGUAGUGACCAAUUCUUAAAAACUUUUAUGAACUGUACAGUUGCCUCCUUCAUGCUCACAAAAUCAUGUUUAGGAAGUGAUUGAAACUGGAUUCUUUAUUUUUAAUUUUUUAUUUUUAGUCUGAUAGUAAGAGUAUGACAAGGAGAAAGCCAGUGAGUAUUCUACCACUUUGGAACAGAAACUGAUAGCAGUUUGUGUGUGUAUGUAUUUAAUUCUGUGUUUUCUAUGUGUAUGGGGGGAAGUUAAAAGAUCUCUUUAGUAGAUCAAUCUUACAAGAUCUGAAAGGUUUUUUAGUGAUGCUUUAACAACUUCCUCUAAAACAUACGUAUUUCAGUCUCUUUUAAGCUAAUACAGACUGUUUUAAACAGCAGAUUUUAUGUUAAUUUGAAAAUAAUUAUGAUUUAUAAAAAUAUCAUGUUUACCCAUAGUGGUAAAUGACACAUCAGACCAUAUUUUUCUGCCUAAAACCCAAGCUUUUAAAUGUAAAAUUGAAGUUCCUACUAUACUUUUGGUACUUGUAACACUUGUCAUUAUGCCUCAUUCCUAUUGAUGAUAAAUUCAAAGCUUGCAUUGUGUAGCUGGGAUAUCUCUUUUGGUGCUAAAAUAGGAUGUUACAUGUUAGUGAAGGUAUUCUGCUACUUCCUUACACUCUCCCUUGAUGCAUAAUGAAUCCAGAGAGGGAAGCCUUUCCUGGCAUGAAGCAGGGCUGACAGAACUGCUGGGUAGUGUUGCCUUUCAGCCAGCAUGAAUGUAAGUCACUCCUGAAUUCUCACUGCUCUCACAGAAUGCUUGGGGACACAGGACUGCCACCAGCUCCUCAGGUGAGUUCUAGAACAAACCAAGUGUUCCUACAAAAGCUAAGACACAGCACUUUGGGGUUUGCAAAAAGAAAAUCAGCCAUUUCUCAUGAAAAAUUGCAUAGCAUUCUUAGCAUCUAAACAGAACACCAUGAGUAUGGGGAGUAAACUCAUUUGCUCAAUACAUAUUAAUAAUUAUUUCCAGUAAAUGCACUGAUGUUUUGGGGUUGGGUUUGGUAGUAAUGAGUUUAAAAUGACACAAUAGUCAAACAUCUGAUUGGGUGUUUCCUUCUAAGCUAGAGAUAUCAAAAAUAACUGAUAGAUGAGUAUCUUUUGCAAGUACUUUUUCUUAUUUGCAGUAGUAUUUGUGAAGUAAUAGGAAAUAUUUUGGACUAAAUAUACAAUUAAAACUUAAAACAGGUGUUUCAAGUAACUUUCAAGUAAACUUAUUGCAAAUAAAAAUUAGACUAGUUACUAACAGAUUGAAUGUAUGGUUAUAGUGGUGUUGCAUCUUUGGAAGCAGUCCAGUUUAGAAUGCAGUUCCUUGAACUAGAGUGUGGAGGUAAAGAUGAACUUUUCAGUAGGAGUGAUAGAAAUUGUAGAUCCCUGUAUCUGUUGACACUGGAUAGCUGUGACCAAUGGUAAAAGGUAGGCAUCCCUGCUGGGGUACAGAAUGUGCUCCUAAACAUUUAUAGUGACUCUGGACUGAAAACCUGCUCAGUGGUUUCUGUGAUGUAAAGCCAGCUCUGGUCAGACCACAUUGCCAUCUGCUCCUCCUUCAGGAUUUGCACAGAGAGGAGAAACUGAAGUAAAUGCUGACAGCUGAAAUUUUGUAGUUUGUGGACCUUUGUUUCUGGGAGCUUCUUUCUGGUUUUGCCAUUCUCUUCUAUUAAGGGGCAUAGAAGAAUGAUGCUGCCUAUUCCUUGUCCAUAGACUGGAUCUUUUUUAUCUGCCCAUACACUGAAUUUUAGGGGACAGCAUGUCUCACUUGCCAUAGCAUGCAUUUGGCCUGUUUCUAGUCUUUAGUUAUUAAACUGAUAAUUUCCAAAACAGCUCUAGACAUGUAAAGAGGCAAUAAUUACUGUAAUGCUUGAAAAAGAAUUUAAAAAGUGAGUUAAGACAAAAUUGAUAAGCUUAAGCUUCAGUUCAGUGUGCAAUAAACAACCUAAAAAGAAGACUUUCAAAUUACUAGUGGUCAUUGCAUUGGAGGAACACUGACUGGAAAAGCAGAAAAGGGGCUGUAAUUGUGCACUGCAGUUUACCAGUAAGCAUUGAGCAGGGACAAGUUUCAAGCUAGUUAAUUUUAUUCAAAAUGCUAGUCUAAAAUGCAGAGUGCAGCUGUAGACCAGGCAAAUGCAGGUUUCCUGACAGCUAACAGUUACCUGGUUUCAGUUUGACUGCUGUUUCUCUGUGACCCUCUUGACAAUUCUGGAGCAUUAGACUAUUGCGUUGAACACUGUAAUGUGUUCAAUUUAGCUUUAAGAAAGAAGAAAAGCAUGUUGUGGUUGGAAGCACAGCAGAAGUGAAACAUGCUCCUGUGAGGAAUGAACAUCCAGGGUCAGGUUUCUUCUUGGAAGGGACACAAUAAAUGACAUGGAGAGGGCAGGAGGCUCUUGAGUUUUUAAAAAUAAUGCAGUGAGCACAUCAGCACUGAGUAAUAAAUUCAAUAAUGACAGUAAUAAUUUUGCCAAGAAAUAGAAUUUCAUGUCAGGAAUUUUAGACCUGGAGCAAGGAGUAGGAGGGUUUGAGGUGCUUGUAGAAUUAGAUUGCAGUCCUCUGUUUCAGAAAGGAGAAGUCUGAGGGUAGGUGGAGUUGUGAGGUCAGCAGGGCCAGUCUAAAUGCCCACUGUGUGAGGGCUGCUAAUAACUGGCACUAAAAUACCUUGCUGCUUAAAACCACUGUUAAACCUGUUUGUCAAACAUAAGUCUUAAGGAGGUUUAUGUUGGUUUUUCACACUGGUGUAGUUAACUGAUGCCCAUAAAUGAGUAUGCCUUUAAAAGGCUAUUCCAGAAAGUACAUAUUUUUGGCUAAAAACACACCAGCAGUUUGGGAAAUGUAUUUUAAUAAUGGCUCUGACUGUAAAAACACUAGGAAAAUAUUUGUCUGCAUUGCAAAUACUGCUUAACCCUGUCCUGAGCUCACAGGCACCAUUACAGGAACUUCUGUUUUGGUUCCAUUUGUUUUGUUUCUUCUUCUUUUGCUGUCCCCUUUUCUCUGUUGAUGUUGGGUUUUUUCCUCCUUUUCCAUCUUGUCACCUCAGGCCUAUACUUGAAUCUUUUUUCACAAGCUCUCAUCUAUUCAUUUACUGUUUUAUUUUUGCCUCUAUUCUUCUGCCUUCUUGCUGUCACUGAGUGUGCUUGCUUAGCUCCCUGCACCAGAACUGAUGGCAUAGUAUUUCAUGUUUCUAAUAAUGAAUAUUUUUUCUGUUCUUUAAUUAUAUAAAUCUCUUAGAAAACAUCUAAUUUGUUGUAUCUGUCAGAUUUUUGGUAAAACUGAGUGUAAAAAUCAGUUACAAAAGUAUAUUUUAUUUAUUACAAAAAUCCAACAUCUGCCUGUGAAUGGCUUUAUUUGAAAAACGUAAUGAUUACAAUUGGCUUUUCAAAUGUGAAUCUUUUUUCUAGAAUCACUUCAGUGAUUUGAAACUUUUCUUUCUUUUAAAUGGUAUCAUGCAGAAUUAGGAAAACAUUUAAAUUAAUAUUCUGGAUAAACAGGCAGUUUCUUUGCUGUAUUGACUAGAGAAAGCCUUCAAAGAAUAGGCUAUAGAAGUAAACCUAAGUAAAGAAUCAUUUGUCUUUGUUGUGUUCAUUUAGUUUCUAUGAAAUUCCACCAGUGUCUAGGUUUAUUUUGCUGUCUGCAGUGGUCUGCAGUGCACAGAAAGGCUGCUGUAAGCAGCUGUUCUAAUGACUUUCUUGCUGGAAUGGUAGAGAUUUCAUCUUACUGUGACACUGUGGAGUGUGCAAAUGGCUGAGCAAGAAUUCUGGGGAAAAGGUAAAACACUGACCAGGACAGUGUUUUAUGGAUAUGCUGCCCUGAGGGAAAUCAUAAAAGAUAAGCUAAUUUCAGCAGAAGGUAUGGUGUCUUUAAAUAUGUGUGCUUACAUAUCUGGAUUUAUGAUUCUGAUACUGCAAAGCGUGGUUUCUUUAGGUAUUUCUGCUUUCUGAAUUUAAGUUUAUAUAUAUAUAUAUUUGCAUAUAUAUGUGGUAUGUUGAGAACUUCUACAAAUGCUUCAUUAACAAAUAAUGAAUAUAAGUAGCUGUUUUCCUAAUGUUACCAGCUUAAGAGUUAAGCACAACUAGUUAUAAAAUGUCUUUUCAUUCUCCUGUAAAAGUGCAGUUCUACUCUUUAAAAAUAAUUCUCUAUUUAAAAAGCAACACAUGGGCACAUUGACAGCUUUGUGUGCUUCAUUAAAUAAUUCAGUGUUUGUUUCCAGCUUCUUCUGCUUCUUAGAAGCUUGGGAUUUAAGAUGGAUGAUAAAUUUCAAUAUUUAGAUCCCAGGACAAGCAUAUUUUAAGGUAAACAGCUUUGUUCUGGAGACAAUGCUAGGGGAAAAAAAAAGAUGGAAAUUUUUAAUGACUAUUCUUGAGGUUCUUAAUUUUGGUUGGGUUUUCCCCCCCCUAGAUUAGAACCACACUUUAACUGCCAUAUCAUGUUUAAUUAACUGAAGCAUAACACGGCUUUGUGCCAUCCAAGUAACAAAGGCACUGUCUUGCUGCUACUUUCUGUGAAAUUGUACACAAUGAAAAAAACUGUUUGGAUGGGGAGCCUUAAUAUGGUUAAAAAGAAACAUAAUUAACCCUUUGGGUGCCUUAAGCUAGAUCCUGUUUAAUGAUGGGGCACUCACUUGUAUCUGCAGGCACAGCUUGUUUCAAUGGCUGCAAGAGAAUUUGCCUUAAGUGACAGUGCCCUGGGAUUUCCACAAUUUGGAACUCAAAGGGUUAUUUUAGACUACUGGUUAAAAAAAACCAAGCCUCUAAACAGGGAACAAAGUGAAAAGGUCUUGGAAAAAUUCCUUUGCAUACUAUUAUUAUUUUUACGUGAUGGGUUUAUCAGCUUUGGGGACAAAAUUGUUGUUAAGCUUUUGGUAAAAACAUCACUGGCUGAAGAAUUGUACACAGAGAAAAAGAAUACUUGGUAUUCUUAUGUGACUAUAUGUGCAAAAUAAAUUGCUUUAUUAAGUGUAAAUUCAGAGAGAGAUGCACAUCUGUGUGCAAUAAUUAAAAUGAAACAAGGUCAGUGUGUUGAAUUAGCUGAUUACAUAUUAAAGAUGCACAAUGCAGGCAACUGUAUACUAAAGGCUUUCUACAAAUGAUGCAGUUUAAACUUAGUUCAAACCUGCAUCACAAAAAUGAAGCUGUCAAGUUUAAGUGUUAUUCUUGCUGUCCUUGUUAGCUGGAAUUAAAGAUUGAUGGUUUUUUUUUUCCUUGAGGGAAAAAGUAGUUUAGAUACAUGCAGUGCUGAAAGCAAUGGAAAUAACAAGAUUCUUAAUUGACAAAAAGUGAGUAAAAAAUUAAUUAAUUGACUAAUGUUUUUAUUCUAAUAUGUGCACCUUUAGUUGUGUAAUGGUCCCUUUAACCGAAGAGUGGGAUAUAAUUUUCUACUUGCAUAUGAACUACUUUGAAAUAACCAAGAGUCUUGGCAUUGCCUGGUCUGGCUUUGGAUGUACAUUGUACGGAAACUAUGGAAUUUUAGUCAUUUCUUUUAGACAUUUAACUGAAAGUUAAAAUGGCUAGUAAACUGCAUUCUGGCUGUAGAAUUUAAGUACUAAAUAAACUCUAUGCAUAUUA